UUCAAUAAGGCAGUCAGCAGCCUGUCAGAAAAGGGCAGAUGGAAGAGAAUGGUGCCACUGAUGGAUGGCUAACUCUAUUUUAGCAAACUCUAGAUCUCUACCAGGAGGUCUAAAAAAUGGAACCAGUGGAGAAAUGGCACAAAGACUUGCUCGUUCUCAAGCUUCUGGACAAAAAGUUGAACUCAAAGGAAAAUGGGACUACAGGCACUUCACCUGGCCCAAGCCCUCCACAAAUGCCCUUGUUGACAGUCAUCAGGAAAUGCUCUUGCCCAAACUUGGUUCUGAGCAGAAGUGAUCGACCAGACUACAAGCACAUAACCAUGACAUCUACCCCGAAGCUCCCUGUUCGAUCCCACAGGCCACUCUGUUUGUCUGUCUCAUCCGAUGGCAAUGGGAGAUAUGCAGCUUUGGAAUCCCAGGAUUUUAAAAGCAGCCUGAAAUCUCAGGUGGUCAAGGCUGACACCACCAGGGCUUCCAGCAGCACUGGUUCUCUGGAGAGAGCCUCUCUCUUUUGUGCUUCUGGAUCAAACACGUCUACAUCAAAUUUAUCGAGUUCCAAUGAAACGUUGGCUAAAACUAAAUCAUCCAGCAGGUUCUCAUUAUUUUCACCCCCUUGGAAUAGCAGCUCAGAAUCUGAUUCCAACCCGCCUUCAAGGUCUGGGUCCAAAAAACUCAAGAAUCACCGCCGCAAGUCCAUAAACAAAAUAGACAGUCCGAAAGAUUGCAAGCGGAGCAUUCCUGAGCAGCUGCAGUACUCUGAACCAGUCAUUGCCAAGGUAACCGAUUACAUUUAUGUAGGGAAUCUCAAUGCUGCCUACAGUGGACGUAUCCUGUGCAAGAACAAUAUAGACAGCAUUAUCGAUAUGAGCAACCUCCCUGGAGAGUUCAAUAUGUGUCUAAUUCCAUGUACCUGCUCCAGGAACGUUAAGCACAGCUGGUCUCGUCUCAAGGUCGACAUCAAUGACUUUUCAAAUGAUGAUGUUUUCCCUUUGAAACAACGAUGCUUUGAAGACAUUAAUGAGUGCAUCAAUGCAUCAACUGAGAAACAAAAACGUGUCCUGAUUCACUGCCGGGAUGGGUAUUCCCUGGCACCAACCUGUAUCAUACAGUACCUCAUGCAGAAGCAGAACAUGCAGCUCAUGACUGCAUAUGAAUUUGUGAAAGCCAAGUACCCACUCAAUAUCAAGGAAUGCCACCAGAAUCUCCUGGUAACUCUUGAGAAGUCAUUGAGGCCUGGGAACACAAACCCUGAGUGUUUUAAACAGGCACUGUCCCGAAAGAUGGCUUGGACUUAGUUUAAAGGCUUUCAUAGCCUAUACAAAUAAAUGCCUUAAGAUUUCCCUCAGUAUCUCCACCAGUUAAAAAUUAGAAACUGCCAGAAAAAGUUUACUUGGCUUGAAUAUGUUGUUUGAAAUACAAAACCAGGACAAACAAUUUUCUUCCUGAACCAUU